UCGGCAGUGACCUCAUCAGACCUGUCGAGGACCUCACGCUGACUCAGAGGAGGGCAGGUGUGCACUGGCCAUGAGAUUCAUCCUUCUGUUCUUGCUCCUGAUCCUGGGGGUCUUCUCCCUCAGCCAGGCCCAAGGUACAUAUGAGGACUGCUGUCUGCGCUAUGCAAAGGCGCCGAAACAUAAUCUCCUGAAAAAAGUGUCCAGCUACAGAAAACAGGAACUGGACGGAGGCUGUAACCUCCCAGCCGUAGUGUUCAAACUAAAAGGGGGUCGACUGUUGUGUGCUAACCCCAAAUUAAAGUGGGUGGUCAGUCUGCAGACGAAGCUUGACAACAAAUGGCGCAAACCCAGCAUGGACAAAAAACCCACAAGGAAGAAGGGUUCAAGUGGUUAAACGUGAACAAGGGUUACCUGGUCUCCAGACAGAAGCGUCUGCAGAGCUUGUGCUUGGAGUGCUGUUGAAUCUAGUGUGCAUUUUGGCCAGGACAUGACUGAGUUAUCAGCACUUUCCACGUACUGUCACUAACUCUCCCUAUAGCUGUGUGCAAAGAGUUUGAUGAGGCUCCGUGUUCUGCAUUACUACGCUAUCGAGUGAUAAAACAUGAUUAUAAACAUUCACUAUUUUUAUGGCCAACUGCUUCACAAUAGCUGAUAACAAAACGAUCCACAUGUGGGUGGAACAGUUUUGCAAUCCAAUCAAACAUUCUGUCUAGUUCCUCAUGAUAUGACAUUGUGAGCUUGUAAGUGAUGAGCGUAUCAUUAGUUUAUAUAUUCAUUUCAUUCGUGCCAUUUCAAUACUUAUGCAUUACUGCCAUUUAUGUUGAAGUCAUGAUAUUAGAAAAUGUUUUUAGUUUAGAAUAAGUGUAACUUUGCUGAGUAUCUUUAGAAUAAGGAAUCACUGUUUUUUGCUUUAGUAAAAAAAUAUAAUUUGUGUCGCAUUCACUUUUUCCAGUCUAUUGAGAAUGUAAAUUUAUUGCAACAGUAAGUCUGUAAAUGUUCAACUAUUGCACGUCUGAGUCACUGUUAUGGGAAUUUCCUUUCUUAAUAUUAUUGAUGCUUUUCAGAUAAAGUAUUUUUAUAUUGCAAGUCAAUAUAUGUAUG